GCAAUACGUAAGUGUCCUGCUGACUGUUGUAUCUUAAUCUGCUUGUUCGUUUUUCUUUCUAUGUAUGGUGAUUAUAGUCAUACCACAAAAACCGCUUCCUUGGAUCAUUUGGGUACCUGAACACUGGAAUUCCUAGUUAACAGGAAUCAUGUUUCGAAGAAGACUGUCAUUCACAGACUUGGCCUUGGCUGCAAUACUCGGAGUUGCUGGUGGUUUUUAUAUCUACAGACCUUAUUUUGAGCCAGGACUGAAGACCUCAGUACAGCAAAACCAGGAUGUGUCAAAGAAACAGAAUAAAACAGACUGAAAGAACUCACAGCAAAUAUUUGCAGUUUCAAGCCAGAACCAUCAACGGCUGCUGGACUGUCACUUCUGGAAUGGAAGCCGCACAAAAGUCAAGACCAGUAUGGAUGAAUUAAAUCUUAUAUAGACAACUCUAUGUGUACUAAAUAAAAUAAGCUGUGAUUUGA